GGGCCGCCCCAGCCGCGAGGCGCCGCUGGAGAGAGCGGCCAGGGGCGGAGGCGAGGGGCCGGCGGCGGCGGCGGCGGCGGCGGGAGGCUCCGCUCCAGGGACAAGGCCCCCUGCGGGCCUGAGCAGGCCAGAGGUUGAGCCAGCCUCGCUGCGGGCUCCGGCGGCGGCUGCCGCCUCAGCGUGGCGGAGCGAGCGGCUGGGCGGGCGGGCCGUGCCUGCUGCGCCCCCUUCCUCCAGCCCCGGCUGUGGAUGAGCGGCCGGGGGCCUCUCGGGACUCGGCGGGGGACAUGCCGGAGGCGCGGAUGAAUUUUAAUUCCUAGUUUGCCGUCUCCGCCGCCUCCCUUUCCGUCAGCCUCCCCUCCUCCCGCCGAGGGGGUGUCCGCAGGGGCUCGGGGCCGAGCGCCCUCGUUCGGGCGGCGCGGAGCGGCAGCGGGCCGGGCCGGGCCCGCCCAUGGGCGGCAAGCAGAGCACCGCGGCCCGCUCGCGGGGGCCCUUCCCGGGGGUCUCCACGGACGACAGCGCCGUGCCCCCGCCCGGGGGGCCGCCCCACUUCGGGCACUACCGGGCCGGCGGCGGCGGCGGCGCCAUGGGGCUGCGCAGCCGCUCCGUCAGCUCGGUGGCGGGCAUGGGCAUGGACCCGAGCGCCGGCGGCGGGGUCCCCUUCGGCCUGUACGCCGCGGCGGCCAGGGCGGCGGGCGACCCCGAGCGGGCCCCGGGCGGCGGCGGCUCGGGCGCAGACUCCACCUACGCCCAUGGCAACGGUUACCAGGAGCCCGGAGGCGGUCGCCAUGGAGACGGGAUGCUGUACCUGGGCCCGCGAGCCUCGCUAGCCGACGCGCUGCCCCUGCACAUCGCGCCCCGCUGGUUCAGCGCGCACAGCGGUUUCAAGUGCCCCAUUUGCUCCAAAUCUGUGGCUUCCGACGAGAUGGAAAUGCACUUUAUCAUGUGUCUGAGCAAGCCCCGCCUCUCCUACAACGAUGACGUGCUGACUAAAGACGCAGGCGAGUGCGUGAUCUGCCUGGAGGAACUUCUGCAGGGGGACACGAUAGCCAGGCUGCCCUGCCUGUGCAUUUAUCACAAAAGCUGUAUAGAUUCGUGGUUUGAAGUGAACAGAUCUUGCCCAGAGCAUCCUUCUGAUUGACCUGCUGGGCAUGCCUGCUGACUUCUCUCUAAGGGCACCUUGCUGUACCUGCCACUCAUCCUCUCCCCUUCCCACCAGCCGCAGCUGGAGUUUCGGGAUGACUCAUCAACUCCUCAAAAACCAGAAACUUGAAGGCACUUGGAUGCUGCAGUUUUUUUUUUUUUUAAUUUAAAGGGAAAAUGAAUACAGGCAAGCCUGUCCCUGCAAGCAGAGCUGCCUGCUCUCCAUACUUUCACCUCCACAGCCACUGACAUGGGGGGAGAAGAACCUGCCAACCAAGGGAGAGGAAGCAGGAGCAGUGAAUUGCGACCCUGAAAAGAAAUUCCAUCAUGAUGUUUGGCUCAAGGGCCUUUUCUUCCAGCUGCGAAAGAAAAGCUGACCUGGGACAAAGGUGUCAUGGGCCGACUGGCCAAACGGAGCACGCAUUAUUUAUUCCUAUUGAAACCCCGGUGAAUUCCUGUAUCCCUAGCGAGCACCUCUGCUCUGGGCCGGGCCUGGCACCAUGAGCCCUGCUCACUUUUGCACUGACUACGGAUUUUUUUUUUCCCUUUUGAGGACACCAAACUGUAAUCAGCCGAGCAUGACAGGAGACAAACGGCUCCCAGUAAUGGGGGCAGUUUCUGUUCACCUGCAGGAGGCAUUGUAGGUCUGUCUUUAAAGUGUUUACAAAAAAACAAAACAGUUCAGUGUCGACUGGUGUGUUUGCCUGCUGAUGUUUACGAACUGACCCUCUUGAACUGGGCUAUCAACGCUCAGUGACUGAAAUAGCCAGAUGCCACCCAAAAAGCUUUCAUCCCCUCACCUACCGCCUUCCACUCAGCCUCAUGAUACCUAGUGGCCAAAAAAAGGAUUCCUUAUUUCUUUUGAUGAGUCUCCACUGAACUUUCCCCUCCUUUUUUGUGUGUGUGUAAGGGGGGGAAAGGUUUCAUUACAGUUAAAGGUUCAAAAGUCACGCACAUCCUGCAGAGACGCUGGAUCCUUUUUAUUAGACCCAUGUGGAUUUUUUUUGUUCCAGACAAAAAAAGGAAAGAGGUGGGAUUUUAUUAAAGCAAACCCCCACCCCCACCUGCUGUUGAGGAGAGCAGCACAUGGGAGGAGCAUUUUAGCCAUGGCAAAAAGUUUCCCAGUGGUGGGCUUGGGCUCUGCCGGAAAGGUUUCUGUAUUUAUAUAUUUAAAAAAAUUAAAAAUUAAAAAAAAAUUGUUUGGAGCUUGGGGGGGGAGGGGAGCUUUCUUCAUUAGUCCAGGUGUUUUGAUAUGGUAUUAAAAUACUGUUCAAUAA